CUUGCGUCGCAUCGCAUCUCAACACUUCCGAUUAAUCCAGACCAAAAACGUUAACCAUCACAGAUCCAUUCACGACACUCAGCCAGUCCACUUUUCUUAGGAUUUAGACGCCAUUCCUAUAGACACCAUUCCGAUUCCGAACUCUACCUUCUCCUUUAUCGCGAGCCAUGGGUAACGACGGAGGAUCCAUUCCCAAACGCCGCGAGCUCGUCAAAGAAGCCGCCCGCGCUCUCAGCGUCAGCGAACUGAAAGCAAACGCCCUAGAGUCCCUCGGCCACGCCUGGAACAACGAUCCCAUUACGAGUCAGCCCCUCGACAGGGACAAUGUCGUCUCCGACUGGCGCGGGCGCCUCUACAACUACGAGUCCAUCCUUCAAGGCCUGAUGCCCUCCGACGACAACACCGAGUCGUCGCCGCCGUCCAACCCCGAUUCCCAAGAGCUCACACUUGCGGCCACCGGCAUCAAGUCGCUUCGCGACAUCGUUAGGCUCAAGUUCCACCGAUACACCCCGCCCGGCACCAAGAAGGACAUCUGGGCCUGCCCCAUUUCCUUGAAGGAGUUGGGUCCUUCCGUCAAAGCGGUCUACAUUGUGCCUUGCGGCCAUGUGUUCGCCGAAAUUGCCAUCAAGGAAAUCCAGGAGCUGAGGUGUCCCGAGUGUAGCGAAGAGUUUAAAAGCGAGAAUGCGGUGCCUAUCCUGCCGACCGAGGAAAGCGAUCUCAAGAAGCUGGUGCAGAGGAUGGAUGAUUUGAAGGCCGCGGGACUUGCACACAGCCUCAAGAAGGACAAGAAGGACAAGAAGAAGAAGCGCAAGGCCGAUGAGGGGGUUCAAGAGGGCGAUAAGACAGGCAAGAAGAGAGCGACAGAAGAUGCCGUUGCCCCAAAGUCUGCCAAGGAAGCAUCCGGGAGGAUCAGCGGCAUCAACAAUGCCAUGGCCGCGUCAUUAACAGCCAAGGUAAUGGCUGAGCAGGAGGAGCUAAGCAAGCGGAGGAAGAUGGCGUCGUCGAGGGGUUGACCAGUAAUGUCAACGCCGAUUCCAGCCUCGGCCCUGGCAGCCAACUGUAAAAUAUUAACUAUAUCAAAUGAUACCCUAGAUCCU